AAGCAACAAAGUCGCGUGUAAUAUAAUAAGACGCGCGCAAAGCGGUUUUGUGUGUGAUUUUCAGUAACGGCGUUUUUCUAGAGAGAGAGAGAGAAGGUGCUUUUACAGGGACGAAGAAGAAGACGAAGACGAAGAGGAAGGAGACUAAGAUAGAGGUGUUUUGGUAACGUUUGUUUUUGCAGAUAGAGAGAAAGAGAGAGAGAUUGUGUGGGUUUUGCGGUUUCGAUCUCUGUUUCGUGAUCGUUACGAGGGUUGAAAACUGGAAUCGAAAAGUUGGGAGUUUCGUCAUUAAUGGUGGUAAGUGAUACGUAUAUAUUGAGGUAAAGACACUCGAAGAAGAAGAAGAGUAGGGUUUGAGCUGUAUCUAGUUAUUGACUGUUGUUGACUUGGGGAUAUAGCUACAAUGAUGUUGAAUCGAGGAGUAGCAGGGUCGUUUUCGCAGCCUAAUGUUGCGGCUGAAGUUGGGGAUGAAUUGUAUCCGGAGCUAUGGAAGGCUUGUGCUGGUCCACUUGUGGAUGUUCCACAAAAUGGAGAGAGGGUUUAUUAUUUCCCCCAAGGGCAUAUGGAACAAUUAGAAGCAUCUACAAAUCAGGAGUUGAAUCAAAGGAUUCCGCUGUUUAAUCUUUCUCCAAAGAUUCUUUGUCGUGUGCUCAAUGUUACGCUAAUGGCUGAACAAGAAACAGAUGAGGUUUACGCACAAAUUACCUUAGUGCCGGAAACAAAUCAAACGGAACCUACUAGCCCUGAUCCUUGCAUUCCGGAGCCUCAAAGACCAGCUGCUCAUACAUUCUGCAAGGUGUUAACUGCAUCUGAUACCAGUACUCAUGGUGGCUUUUCUGUUUUACGGAAACAUGCCACUGAGUGUCUUCCUCAACUGGACAUGACACAGUCGACCCCGACCCAGGAGUUGGUUGCCAAGGAUCUUCAUGGUUAUGAGUGGCGUUUUAAGCAUAUUUUCAGAGGUCAACCAAGGAGGCACUUGCUUACAACAGGGUGGAGUACCUUUGUCACUUCUAAGAGAUUAGUUGCUGGAGACUCCUUUGUAUUUCUCAGAGGAGAGAAUGGUGAGUUACGUGUUGGUGUGAGACGUCAUGCUCGGCAACCAAGCAGCAUGCCUUCAUCUGUAAUUUCAAGUCAGAGUAUGCAUUUAGGAGUGCUUGCUACUGCCUCUCAUGCUGUUUCAACCCAAACCCUCUUUGUUGUUUUUUACAAACCGAGAACAAGUCAGUUCAUCAUCAGCUUAAAUAAGUACUUGGAGGCUGUAAACAAUAAGUAUGCUGUCGGCAUGAGAUUCAAAAUGAGGUUUGAGGGAGAAGAUGCCCCUGAAAGAAGGUUUUCGGGCACGAUAGUUGGCGUCGAUGAUAUAUCUCCUCAAUGGGUUGAUUCGAAGUGGCGAUCACUAAAGGUUCAGUGGGAUGAAGCUGCAUCAGUACUUAGACCUGAUAGAGUUUCACCAUGGGAGAUAGAACCUUCUGCACCCGGGAGCUUAGCUCAACCAGCUGCGGUAAAGAACAAAAGGCCCCGCCCACUUAAUGAUAACAUCUCUCUUGAUACUUCAAAUUCUAAUACAUCAGCAGUCUGGAAUUAUGGAAUGACUCAGUCCCAUGAUACAACACAACUAAGUGUAGCUGGUGAAGGCAACAAAAGAAAUGAAAACCACGUUUUUUGGCGUCAUCGCCAGCAAGAUACCUGGCUCAACUCUCCCCAUACAACUGGUUCUCAACAUAUUUUUCAGGACACAACUGAAGAUAGCAAAAGUAUAUCAAUGAGCCCCAUGUUUUCAAAGCAAAACAAUGACCAGACCUCUGAUCAAUGUGAUAAAGGGAAGAAAAAUGAAACAAAUAGUAGUUUUAGAUUGUUUGGUGUUGAGGUGAUUGAUCAUUCAACGAACUCAUCCACCGUCACUGAUGGGCAAGUUAGUACUGUUUUGGUAACUGACUCAGAGCAGAAGUCCGACAUCUCAAAGGCUUCUAAAGAAAUGAUACCUGAGCAGUUGCAAGCAUCAUCAAAAGAGUGCCAAAGCAAACAGAGUUGCUCUACUUCAUCUAGGAGUCGUACCAAGGUUCAAAUGCAAGGUGUGGCCGUCGGUCGAGCAGUGGAUCUGUCCAUGCUGGAAGGAUAUAGCCAGCUGAUAGAUGAACUGGAAGAGAUGUUUGAUAUCAAGGGGCAGUUACGUCCACGCAACAAGUGGGAGAUCGUCUUUACUGAUGAUGAAGGGGAUAUGAUGCUUCUGGGAGAUGAUUUAUGGCAAGAAUUCUGUGCCAUUGUAAGAAGAAUCUUCAUAUGUUCAAGCCAAGACGUCAAGAAGAUGAAAUCGGGGAGCAAACUUCCAAUGUCUUCACUAGAAGGAGAAACUACGGUAAUAAGCUCGGAAUCGGCAGAAAAUUGAUGCAUUGACCUUUUCUUGUUUUUCCUUCUUUAUUUGGUGGGGUGGGGAUUAUGUUUGUGGAAUUGUUUUGUUUGUUAGAAGAGGUGGGAUGUGUUCUAAUUUUGGUCAAAGGAAACAAUUUGUGAAGUUGGUGGUGGGAAAAAAAAAAGAAGAAGAAGAAGAGGCAAUUUGGGUAAUUGAUUGCUCGAUUUUUAGAGCUAACUUAGAGAAGAUUGACUUGGUUUUAAGAGAUCUAAUGUUAUGAGUGGGGGAGUAGAUGAUGGUAGGAUUAGAAACUGUGUAUAUUUAAUUAAUGCCUUUUGGUAAGGGCGGCAAUUGAGGCUUGGUGGGUGGUGUUUUUUGUUUUUUUUUUUCUUUUCUUUUAUUUCUUUUUAAUGUAAAUAUUUGGUGUUUUGAUGUUGUAAUCUUGGUCGUCGUUAGUGAGUGGCGUUGUGCAAUCUUUUGUUGCUUUCAUCUAAAAAUGAUUCCAAAUAAUUUGCUGGGAUUCAUGUCUUCUCAUGUGCUAACACUGCACUACACACAAUCAAUCAGAUUCCAUUUCUCUCUCUUUUUCA